AUGGAGGUCCCGGGGGGCGGGCGCCCCCCCGCGGCUCCCGCCUUCGCGCUGGCGCCGUCGUCCGGGCCGCCGCCGCCGCGCGUCUCCUGGGAGGGGUCGGGGGCCCGCCGCCUGCGCUCGGACGGGCGCCUCGAGGUGGCGCGCCGCCUCCCGGCCCGCGAGCUGGAGGCGGGCGAGGCCGGCCGCUAUGCCUGCCGCACGCGCAACUUCGUGGGAGAGCCGUCGGCAGAGUUCGACCUGACGGUGACGACUGUGACGGUGGCGGCUGUGACGGUGACGACGGUGGGCGAUUGUGACGUGGCGACUGUGACGGCGGCGACUGUGACGGUGACGACGGUGGGCCGAUUCUCGUCAGAUCCCCCCCUCCCCCACCCUCCCAAAGUCCUAACGAAAAAUUCCGAUUCUCGAUUUCCCCGAGGAGACGGCGAGACCAGGAAGCGGCCGGAGACCUCGCCCGGGGGUGUCGGCAGCAGCAGCGGCGGCGGCGGCGGCGACUCCGACCACUCCGGCCCCGGCUCGCCACUUGGCCGGCCCACGAGCUCGGAGUGCCGCGCCCUGACGCGGCCAUUGGACGCGGUCGCCGUGGGUGUCCGCGAUCGCCGCAUCGCCAGCGACGUUGCGGACGGCGACCGGUCGGCAGAGGGCAUCGAGCCGGCGACCUCUGACCCUGACCUCCGGUGGGGGCAGCAGCAGCAGCUCCAGCGGAGACAAUCGGACUCGGGGCUGCCGUCUGCCCCCGACGACGCCCAGUCGCUCGUCCACCGCAAGCGCCACGGCAGCAGCGGCGGCGGCGUCUACGACAGCGGCGUCUACCACAGCGGCGUCUACAACAGCGGCGUCUACAACAGCGGCGUCUACCACAGCGGCGUCUACCACAGCGGCGUCUACAACAGCGGCGUCGACUCGCACAGCAGCAACGGCGACGACGGCGGCGGCUCGUGCCGGCCAUCCGCCCUCAUGACCACCACCACCACGGCCGCCACGCAGCAGCAGCAGCAGCACCGCUACCAGAGCCACAGCGAGACGCCCGGCGUCUUCACGGUGACCGAGGGCAAACACGCGCGGCUCAGCUGCCGGGUGACGGGGAAACCGAAGCCCGACAUCGUGUGGAUGAAGAGCGGGGUGCCGCUCCGUAGGAGCCGCCGCUACAUGAUGUACGAGGACGAGGACGGUGGGGGAGGACAGGGAGGUGGAGGAGGAGGAGGUGGAUCCGGCGGCGGCGGUGGAGGACUCUUUGUGCUGCGCGUUCUCUUCUGCCGGCAGGAGGACAACGGCUUCUACACCUGCUCCGCUUCCAACGCCAUCGGGCAGACCUUCAGCGCCGUGCAGCUCGUCGUGAACGAGCCGCAGCUGCUGUUCAAGAGCCGCUUGCGCGACGUGGAGGUGCCGGAGCGCGGCGUCGCCACGCUGGAGUGCGAGGUGCCCUCGGCGGGGCUGUCGGCGCGCUGGUUCCUGGAGGACACGCCGCUGGCGCCCGACCACAAGUACGGCAUCGAGGCGGACGGCACCAAGCGCCGGCUCGUCAUCCGGGACGUGACGGCGGACGACGACGCGGUGUACGUCUGCGAGACGCGCGGGGGCAGCCGCACCGUCGCCGAGCUCUCCGUCAGAGGGCGGAUCGUGCAGAAGCUCCCGCGCCUCGUGGAGGUGCGUCAGGGCGAGGCGUUGACGCUCGCUGUGGAGGUGGACGACGCCCUCCUCGAGGGCGAGUGGCUUCGCGACGGCGUCGCCGUCGCCGCCGCCGCCGCAGCCGCCUUGACGACGGCGGCGAGCGGACGAACGCGCACGCUCGAGAUCGCUCGCGUCGCUCUCGGGGACGACUGUGACGUCACCUUCAAGGCCGGGGAGUCCAGGACCACGUGCAAAGUCCGCGUCAAAGUGCCGGCUCCUCGGUGGCCGCCGUCCGAUUUCCGCGUCCGCACCGUGAGCUACAGCACGGUGUCGCUGGAGUGGCGGGCGCCGCCCACGGACGGCGGAGUCGACGCGGCUCGCUACGCGGUGGAGAUGCGCGCCCGGGGCGAUCGAGCGCCGGCGUGGGUGGACGUGAGCGGGCCCGGCGCCCGCACCGAGCUCACGGUGGGCGGCCUGCAAACCGGCGCCGAGUUCGAGUUCCGCGUGGCCGCCGUCGGCGCCCAGGGCGGAAGGGGCCCCUUCGCCGAGCUACGGGGGCCGGUGCUCGUCAAAGGGGACGUGGAGGUGCUCUCGCCGCUGAGCGACGUCCACGCCUCGCGCGACGACGACGCCGCCUUCACCAUCCAGCUCUCCCGGCCCAUGCCGGGCCAGUGGCUUCGCGACGGCGUCCAGAUCUCAUCGGCCGGCGCCGCCGCCGGCACCGCCGGCACCGCCGCCGGCACCGCCGCCGCCGCCAUCGACGACGGCCGCCACAUCGUCGGCCACCUGGGCGCGACGCACACGCUGGUGGUCCGGCGCGUCGGCUGGCGGGACGACGGCGCCGCGAUCGUGUUCCUGGCGGGCGCGCUGCGCGCCGACGCCGCGCUCUACGUCACGGAGGGCGCCGGCCUCUUCUCGCGCCUGCUCUCCGUCUCGUUCGCGUUCGCCAUCGUCGCCUACCUGCUCUCCUACCUGCUCGCCUACCUGCUGGGCGGCGGCGGCGGCUCCGGCGGCCCCGGCGGCGGCCUCCUGGAGGGGACGCCGAUGGACCGGCUCACGUAGGGCGACGCCGGGCGGCCUGGCGGCUGUGAGCGGUCGAAAUGUUCACGGACGGAAAGUCACGAGCGGUUUCAUUGCCGACCGCCCCCCACGAAUGAGCGUUGAAGGAGAGGGGGGGGGCGAAGGCGGACGUGGAGCUGAGUGGACUUGCCGUAGACUGCCUGCUACCAGCUGCGGUGUCAAGAUCGGCCUUUGCGGAGGAGGAGGUUCGUGAAGGACGCUGCUGCUGCUGUGACUGGGCAACUGGAGGCAGGAUAAAACGCAGCAAUUUGGCACAGUAGGGGGUACAGCUGGUGGUGCAUCUACCGGUCAUCUCAGUCAGCCAACCCAUGGCACCUGCAGGGUCUGUCCCGAGACCUCCUCCUGCACCUAGCC